AUGGCACUCGACAUCACAAGUAUUCCCAAUGCCAAGAAUAGCCAGAUCUGGGUUAUGAGCGCAUUUGGGAUUGCGAUUGGCCUCGCCAUGUUUGGGUUCUAUACAUAUAGAGCCUGCAGAAAGGAUUGCUUCAAAGAGAGACUGCCGGUCACCCUCUUUGUACCAACUCUACCGGUGUCCUUUCCAUUCGCAAUCCAUUACAGCUGUAGUAAAAGUGCCGUCAGAUGUAGUCGUGGUGACAAGGUUAGACAUUCAGCACCUGAUCACCCAGUUUUUAGUGCGCCCGGCCCCCUAAGCCCUCUGUUUUUCACUUUCUGCACCAUUAUAAUAUCCAUGGCUCAAUCAGAAGACUCCGACACGAUCGAACAUACGAAUAAUGACAAUCAGAAAACAACGGUAUGGGCGGCCAUCCUUUGCGUUGUCAUCAUCGUCAUCAUCGCCGCUAUAUGCAUCGUCCAUAGAAACAUCCGCGGACAGGCGAUUCGUCGGUCGAUAGAAGCGCAACUCCCGAGAUACAAUGUUAGUUCAGGCUUGGGGAAAGAUACUGUGGAAAGCAUGCCCAUCAUCAGGUUCGAUUCCAGACUACACUCCCAGCAGAUAGCCGCACCAGCGCGCGUGUACCUACCGCCAUUCGAUCAGACGAAACCUCGGAAGCAUGGUGCUCAGUUACUACCUCUACGAAAGUACUUCACUAUCCAGAAUAUAUGCCGCGAAUCGCCCAGGAGUGAUGGCGCCGGGGUACAACCGGGCGACUCUACGUCAACAGCCUGCUCGAUAUGCACCGAAGACUUUAUCGAGGGCGUGAAGCUUAGGAUGUUGCCUUGCAGACACUUGUAUCAUCCUCAGUGUAUAGAUCCGUGGUUAACGAAUCGAUCUCGCACUUGUCCUCUCUGGGAUCUCCGCACAAAAGACCCUGCAUCUGGUACCACCACAGUCUCUGGGCUUAGUGGUCUGGAACAGCAUCGUCGCAGGUUCCAAUUUCGCGCUUUGAUGGCCAUGUCGAAUGAGAUAAAUGCCUCAUACAGCAACGAGACAAAUGCGGUGAAUGUUGGAUCGUAA